UGUUAUCGAUCUCGUAAAGAAGAGGAUACAUACCGGGAACUCGUGUUUACAAUCUGUCUACUUCUACCAGUCAGUGUCCUACAUCAUCACUAGGCCUAUGCCUGGUGAUACAGACUUACAACAUGGCCUCAGGCAAUUCCACUAAAGAGGGUUUUCAGCUGGAGGAGAAGACGGGGGACCUGUUCACUUGUCCAGCCACUUCCUCACUUGCCCACUGUAUUAGUCAGGACGUAAGGAUGGGCAAAGGAAUAGCUGUUCCGUUUAAGAAGAAAUUUGGCGGUGUUGAAGAAAUUAAAAAGCAAGGGGUCAAGCCUGGUGGAGUAGCUGUCCUGAAGAGAGAUGGACGAUUUAUAUACUACCUUAUCACUAAAGUGAAAUACAGUGACAAACCAACAUACGACUCUCUCAGAGCUAGCCUGGAGGCGAUGAAGGACCACUGCUUAAAACAUAACGUAAAAACUGUAGCUAUGCCUAGAAUUGGAUGUGGCCUGGACUUACUCAAGUGGGAAGAGGUGUCAAUAAUUUUAGUAGAGACCUUUCAUGAUACGGAUAUUUGUAUUACCGUCUACAGUUUGUGAAUUCGAGUCGUGCAGAGUGAAUAGAAUACAUAUGGCUGGGUAAUGCUUACAUGAAAUCAUUUCAAAUGGAAAGUGAAUUUAUGUCGAUGAUGUUGCAUUGAAUAUUGAUUUUUGUACAUAUGAUCAUUUAUGAGACAAUCUCUCUCUCUCUCUCCCUCUCUCUCUCUUGUUUUUUGAUGUUAUAGCAUAAAGUAUUGUAUAUUGACCUUGUUUACGGAGAUGUUCCUUUUUUUUUUUCUUGGCGAAGAUUAAGGCACAUUAUUAAGGUCAAUAACAUCCCUUUAACUUUCAAUGUGAUUUGUUCAACGAUUUCAUUGAUAUUUAAAGUGUUAAUGAGUAUAUUCCAGCAUUACUUCCAUGCAUCAAGAUAGUGUGCCGGAAGCCUACAAAAAGCCCUACCUUUCAUGGUUACUGUUUGUAGAUCGGCAGGAAUUCGGAUCUGGUUCAAAUCUUGAUUACGUGACGGAAUGUCACAUGUCCUCUCUUGUGCCUAAGAGAAGUGAGGAAAGUUUAACACCAGAAACUAUCUCCAGAUAGAUAAAAAUAACACUAGUUUUUGGUCCUCCUCAGUCGACAAUUUUAUCGACUUUCAUUUUCAAACUGUCAUCGUCUGUGAUUCUAAUAAUUUUGUGUUUAAUGGAACUCACAUGUAACUCAAUGUCUUAAACUUCCCUAAAUAUAUUGUACUUAUCGUUUUUUUAAUCGGGGAGGAGGUUAGAAAUUUUGACUGGUGUUUCUGGGGAUAGUGUGUUUCAAUCCUUAUUUGCUUUUCCUGGACAGUAUGCAUUUCUUUCAUUUUUAUCUUUUCUUUCAUUCUUAUCUUUUCUUUCAUUCUUAUCUUUUCUUUCAUUCUUAUGUUUUCUUUCACAAUUAAUGUAUACUCUUACAAGUUGAAAGAACAACUUACAGAUACAUUUAUUGUGUUCAUUUUUCAGCUAAUAUUUUGUUCUUUUUAUAUGAUGUAAUCAAUCAUGCAAAAAAAGGUUGUUUGUUUUCGAGGGUUUUCUCUCUCUCUCUCUCUCUCUCUCUCUCUCUCUCUCUCUCUCUAUUUCAAGCUUGAUCCAACAAAUUGAUGUCAUGAAUAUACAUGUAUUACGUAAUUAUAAAUCAUUCACAUAA